AUGGUGUCAAACGGACAUUUUGCAUCUGCUGGGGAUGACAGCUUUGCAACAAGCUACGAACAUGGAGUGCAAGUGGUGGAUGAGGACAAGGAGUUCAAUCGCAACCUCUCCAAAUACCUCGCCUACGAGAAUGUCACUCCUGCGGGAUUCAAUUACCAUCUGAUUUCGGUCUUUGGCUCUCAGUCUACCGGGAAAUCAACUCUGCUCAACCACCUCUUCGGCACACACUUCAGCGUCAUGGCGGAAACCGAACGGCGACAGACGACAAAGGGCAUUUGGAUGUCGAAGAACAAACGCCAGGAGCCCCAACGGGAAAAUAGCUUGCCCCACGUGCAGAAUCCGAAUAUGGCUGAUAACAUCCUUGUGAUGGACGUUGAGGGUACUGACGGACGGGAGCGCGGAGAGGACCAGGACUUUGAGCGGAAAAGCGCACUGUUUGCGCUUGCGACCAGCGAAGUGCUUAUUGUUAAUAUUUGGGAGCAUCAGGUCGGGUUGUAUCAGGGUGCAAACAUGGGACUUUUAAAGACGGUGUUUGAGGUUAAUUUACAACUGUUCUUGAAAGACAAGAGGUCUUCCCCGCGGUCGUUGCUCUUUUUCGUCAUCCGUGACUUUUUGGGCACUACUCCACUUCAGAAUUUACAAAAUACCUUGAUGCAGGACCUCCAGCGCAUUUGGACAUCCCUGUCGAAACCUUCAGGUCUCGAAGAUUCCAGGAUCGAGGAUUAUUUCGAUUUCGAGUUCGCGGCCCUCCCUCAUAAGAAUUUUCAGCCAGAUAAGUUCGUCGCUGAAGUGAAGAAACUCACGCUGCGUUUCCGCGAAGGGCAUCGGGAACCGUCCAAACACAACAAGACAGAAGGCGGGAUAUUCUUGCCGGAAUACCAUAGACGUAUCCCCGCCGAUGGCUUUGCCGUGUACGCUGAGGGGAUCUGGGACCAGAUUGUGAACAACAAGGACCUUGACCUUCCAACUCAGCAAGAGCUGCUCGCCCAAUUCCGCUGUGAUGAGAUAUCGCGAGAAGUUCUUGUUGCAUUUGACGAGGCGAUCGUUCCGUUUGAGACAAAACAGGCUGAAGCGGCGCAGUCUGGGAACCCUGAAGUUUUGGGUGGCCUCGGUCCGGCGAUGAAGAAUGCGAGAGCCAAAACCGUGAAAGGCUUUGAGACAGAGGCAAGUCGGUAUCAUAAGCGGGUCUAUCAAAUGAAGAAGGCGGAACUGGAGGAGAAAGUUGACACUCGCCUGAAAGCGCUGUUUGCAGGACAACUUGCCGCUGCUCACAAGUCGGGUAUAUCGCAAUUCAGCGAUGCUGUUACCGCUGCCGUGAAAGCUGGACAGAAAAAAGGGGCAAGUUACGAUUUCGCUGAUAUCGUAAGCAAAGAAAGGAAACUCGCAUUAGAGACGUUUGAAAAAGACGCCAAAGCGACGGUUGUUGACGGCACAUCUUGGAGCAACUACACGCAAGAGCUUGCCCUUUACCAAAAGGAUUUGGAGAAAAUCAGUGCACAGCUUCGCAAGGAUGAAAUGAGACGUCUGGCGACUAGAGUGGAGAGAUGGGUCAGAUCUCGACUAGGCGAGUCGGUGGGCCUGGAAUUCAACGCUCUUGGUUCAGGAAGAGGCGGUUCUGGCGCGCCCGAGACAGGAGAUAAACCCUCAGAGGAUACUAUUUGGGAUAGAAUAUGGUCUAUCUUCGUUGAUACCGUUCUUGAUGCUGAGCGGAGGUUCACCGAACGUGCGAGCAGCUUUGACGCGAGCUUGGAGGAAGUUGAUGUUGGACUAUGGAGAUUGCGUCGAAAGGCGUGGGGCGUGUUGCGGUCCAAAAUCGACGAGGAGAUGAUGGAAGGGAAUCUGCUCUUGAAGCUGCGAGAGAACUUUGAAGACAAAUUCCGGUACGAUGCUGCAGGAGUCCCUAGGAUAUGGAGGCCUACAGAUGAUAUCGAGGGGUUGUAUACUAAAGCACGGGAAUCUACGCUCACACUUAUCCCGCUCUUGUCUCGAUUCCGCCUUCGGGAGACCGAUACACCUCCGCAGCUGGACAGAUGGGUUGGAUACACACCCAGCUCUGCAACUCCAGCUGAUGAAGAGGACCUAGCCCCGAUUGGCGGAGUGGACGAUGAUGGCAUGAGCCUGGAGGAAGAAAUGACUAUGCUGAGCGAAAGUAAGAGGCAGGAUCUGACAGUACGGUUCAAAAAGGCGGCCGAUGGCGUGUACGUUGAAGCGAAAAGAAGCGCAAUCGGCGGGAUGACUCAGAUCCCAGUGUACUUUUAUAUUCUUCUGUUGGCGCUUGGCUGGAAUGAGAUUGUUGCUGUCCUCCGCAACCCGCUGUAUUUCUUCAUGCUCUUCCUCUGCGCGGUCGGAGCCUUUGUCACUUAUCAGUUGAACCUUUGGGGUCCGAUGAUCAAGAUGGCGGAGGCUGCUUCGCACCAAGCGUUGGAGGAGGGUAAGAAGCGACUCCGGGACUUCCUCGAACCCUCAGAAGCCGGCCCUCAUGCCGCGCGAUAUAAGAACAGCACUGAGGAGUACGAGAUGUCUAAUGUCAAAGCCCCGCAAAGGACCAAUUCCGGAGACGAUGACGACGAAGACGAAGGAUCAUGGUAA